AUGGAACACCAGCUGAGAGACCUGCCAUUUCAACUGAGUCAGCGACGACGCCUCGACCCCGAGAGCGAGAGCGACGGCCUUGUCCAUCGGCUCUGCACGCAAAUCCUCUCAUGGCUGGUGGUGGGCGUUGCCUUGGUUGUGAUCUUUUCCAGGUUGACGAAAGCUAUCCUACAACUGGUUGUCCACCUGUUCAUUGCUGCGAUCUAUGGCUUGUCCGCUCGCAUUCACGGUCCUAGUCUACCACACCAGGCCUCCUCUCUUCUGAGUGCGAGCCAUCUUCUGUAUGAAACAGCCCUCGCCGAGACCAGCAUUGACAUUGACCGCGGCCCCGACAAGCAUCCUCCGAAGGGGUUGUCAAGCCAGCAAUGGCACUUACUCGCUUUCUUAUUUCAUAGAGUCUCGGAGUUCCAUAUCCCGCGCAAGCCGAGGGGCAUUGAUAGAUGUACGUGGUCGUUUGGAGGGAAUGGCGACAAGGCUCCCGACAUUCAAGCGCCGUCGAGGUUACGACACCGAUCCGAACCGGAGUUUGCUUCCAGCCAUGAUUCUUGCAGCCGGCAGACAAGCGGGAUUGUUGGAGCCGCAUCGGGCGGCGGCAGUGGUGGUGUCGAAGCUUGCUACGACUUAUCCGGAUACCCGUCCGGAUCCUGUUCUUCGUCUCAUCCUCCUGUGCAGCUACUCACCCCGCAGGCGGCGCCACCGACCAGGGGGCCGCGAGGACUUAUAGGGACGGUCUUAGCCCCGGCGCCUGCAGCCACAGCCCAGACACCUGCGAGCCUCAAAUCUCUGGGUGCGGUGCUUCAGCCUAGCCUGGGGCUCUGGUACAGGCGGCCUUCAGCAGCCUCAGCAUCUCUGUGCGCGCGACCUUCCAUAUCCCGAAAUAACUACAUUGGAUGUCCUGCGCCGUCGAGGAAGACCUCCGAGCCUCACAAGCCCGAGCCAGACCGAAUCGACCACGGUCUGAUCACAGACACCACCGGUGGCAGCCGCUCUAGCCCUGCCUCCAGACUUACGGAAUGCCCAGCAGGUGAAAAUGGCCAGCGCAACCGGGGAGCCGCACCAUCCUCUGGGAGGGCUGCCUUCGGCGCUUCCAUCUCCCUGGCCGGUCCGGCCGGCAGCAAACGGCUGCUUCCUCAGGAAGAGGACGUUCACGGCGGCUCUGACGAUCAGCAAGAAUCCGACUCCAACCUCGAAUCAGCGGCCACCGAGCCUAGGAGCAAGAAAAGCCGCGUCGCCGAAUUUCGCUGUCCCAAAUGGGCCGCCAACCCAAAUGCGUGCCACGGAUCUAAAUGCGCAGACUGGCACAACUCCAAGAUUGCUGCGGUGACGCGUCAUGUUCUUCUGACCGAUGCUCGCAAUGAACCGGACACGACGGCACAGAUCAAAAAAUUGAGCCAUUCCAAGCUCAGCAAGGUGGACAGAUGGCAAAAAUACUAUAUCAUCUUUGGAGGCCAGGACCCGGAGCAGAUGUGGCAGCCAUAUUGGAUGCAGGAGGAUACCGCGGAUCCCGUCAACCAGGCUCUGCUCGGUCUCUUGGCUGCGCAGGUCCCGCACGACGCGGGCGUGACAUUAGAGUUCCUGCACAAGUUCACCCGGUUAGAUGGCGAGAGGAAGAAACGGGACGGAUGGAUUGCGACCCAUCACGAGGCCAGAAAGACCGCUCUUCUGAGACAGCUUGAAGAGGAACGUCGGGCAGCCGAGGGCGAGUCACAGGCUCAAUUCGAGGAAGAGGUUCAAUCGUUGUUGCAUGAGUUCAAGUCGUCGGGAAAUGGAAAUGGAAACGGAAACAAUCGACCGUCGCUUGAGGAGCCCCAGCGAUCUGAAGCGAUGCCCGCUCCUCGGCACGCGGAUGCUGUCCCUCUGCAUCUCCAGGCAGGCCACUCGGCCGGCUUAGGCCUCAGCAGCACCGGCAUCCUCACCGCCGACCGUACAGUGCAGGAUGAGACGGUGGGCAUUGGCACCACUUUCGACAAUGGCCAUCCGGACUGGGACUCUGUGCCCGACCCUCACGAUCCCACGGUCGCAUCAUCUGAGCCAUUUGGAGGUGGAGGGCCCGGCCAAGGGCAGCAUGCAUUACGCACGCAGGUGGUGGUCACUCAGGUGGUGGAGGAUGCCGAGCGCCUUCGCCUUUUCGGUGCCGACGCUUCUCAAGAGAGCGAAACUCGAUCUCAGCCGCAUGUGGAACACCAUCAGCCUCCCAGUCUCCCAGUCCCUUGGGACACGGGGCUCCGACAUGUCUCUUACCCGGCUCUCAACAGCGAUUCGGGAUAUGGAUCGCAGGGGGAGCUCUGCCAGUGUUCCCUGCACACCGAGAGACUGUGGUGCAUGAAAUGCCACCAGCAGGGGUACGGCAGCUGCCAAUGUUCUCACAGUGCCCGGAUUCCCGUCUGCCGCAACUGCUCCAGAAAGGCCAAGUGCUGGUGCUUGCAAUGUGCCGGGUGGGACUAA